AUGAGCAUCAUAAAUUUGUGCCUUUCAUGUGAGUCCUUCCUCUACAAGAAAUGGUGGCCUCAGUUUACUAUUCCCAGUUUCAAAGUUCUAGUAGCUGAACGUUUGCAGAGGGUCCAGAUUGGAGAACACAUCUCACUUGUUAGGAUGAAGGUGCCAUGGCCCCUAUCUACAAGGGAAGCUAUAGUGCAUUAUUAUCUUUUUGAGUACUUUCAAGAUGACUUAGUAGUUGUUCUUUUGAAUACGGUCUCUGAGUCUACGAGCAUUGACAAUUUCAACAUGGAUGCAACUCCUGAGGCAAAGGACGCUGUGAGAAUUGAUUUGCUGGGAGGCUAUGCUAUGCAAAAGGUGACAUCAGAAAGAAGUUAUUUUCGGAUAAUAGGAAAUUUGGAUAUAAAGCUGGAUUUUGUGCCUCCAACCCUCAUAAAUUUCAUUUCAAGGCAGCUCAUCGGCAGUGGUUUCAGACUUUAUCAGAAGGUUGUGUAUUCUUUUCAAAUUUAUUUGUUUCAUUAUUCAAUGGUUGUUGCUUCGAUGUUGGGCAACCAUAAAGAUAAAGACAUCAGCAAGGCCUUGGAGGAUCCAUUGUAUGUUAGAAUACGCGAAGCUUUGGUAAUUGGAGAAGAGCUUAAGCAAGAUGCAAGCUUUGUUCCAGCUGAAGGACUUAUUCAAAGUGAGCAAAAUGGGGUAAAAGAUAAAGAUAUAUCUUGUGAGUAUAUGAGAAACCAACGUGCAUGUGGUGAAGAAGAUAUAGAAGCACGUUGUGAAGAGAUGUUACGAGUUGAGGAAGAUGUUAGCAAGGUACUAGAAGUUCCAAUUGAGGAAGGUGAUUCAUUGAGUGUGCUGAUCAAUGGCGAGGGGAAUGGUGAGAUUGAAGGUGCAGAUAAUGAAGAGAUUGUUGAGAUUGAGAAGGAAAUUAUCAAAGUGAGUGAGAUUCCAACUGAGAAAAAGGACGCAAGGAGUGUACUGAAGGAUAAGAUGAAUGGACAUGUACGCUCAGAUGUGAGAAGGGCUCUAGAAACAAUAGAGAGGGUUAUUUCAACGGUUAAGGAACAUGGAUUUCAUUCCCGAAUGCCUACUUCAAACUCUGAAAAAGUGAACACAGUUGACUCAAGCUCUGCAAAACCUAUUCCAGUAUGUUUGAAAGAGGAGGAUAUGUAUUUACGUUUCCCAGUUGACUCAACCAAAGGAAGAAGAAAUGAAUAUGUAUUUACGUUUCCCAACUAA